AUAAAAUUUUUAGAAAAGGGAAGGACGGUGUAGCGAGCCAGAGAUGUCCUUGGAUUGCUCUAACAUCAGCAGCAGCUAUGAACCCAGCAGCUUUGUGACAGCAUUUCACAGCAUACCUCAUGUCAAUAUUGAUCUGCGCGAGGUCUCCUCAGACUUUGCCGUCUCUCUCUCUUACUUCGAGCCUGUUAUAAUAUGGGCUUGUGUUCCCAUCCUGAUCUGUCUUUGUAUUUUCAUACUUCUCUUGGUCUAUUUCAUAUUUAUAUGCUGUUGCUGUUGCUGCAGAGAGAAAACUAACCGCCCCCGCACUUGCAAACUGUCAUGUGCUUUUGUGCUGUCAAUUCUGUUUAUAUUCUGCCUUGGGCUGGUUGGAGUAUUGAUUUAUGCAGAAGUUUCAUUGAAUAAAAACGUUGAGUCGUUUACCACUAACGGGCAGAAUGUUGUUAACGAGUUGACAAGAGUUUCUGCAUCAGUUGAUAAUUAUAAUGGCACGUUAGUCAGCGACUCAAUGAGUAUUGUUAUUGCUGAGAUCAGUAAUUCCAAUGGAGAUGGCAAAGAUGCUGUCUUGGCAUCGGCUAAUCUCAUAUUAGAAGUUAACACUGAUAUUGAUGCUGCGUUAGCUAGCAUCAGCAAUGGAUUGGAUUCUGUUCAGUAUGACAGUAUCAUUAAUAGCGUCAAUAAUUUUGAAAACAUAAGGAAUUGGUCGACUAUUGGUUUCUUGAUUGCCGUUGGACUCUUAUUGAUUCUCUCUUGUCUUUUAACCAUUUGCAUGAAAUCUGUUUGCAUUACAAUCAUUUUGGUUAUAAUCAGUAUAUUCACAAUACUGAUAUGGAUUGCUGCUGGAGGGGCUCUUGCUUCAACUAUUGUGCUAUCUGACGUCUGCAUCGAUCCAGAUGGACUCAUAAGAAAUCAAACUAACAACGAGCCAAUUGCCAGAGAAAUCGUGAACUAUUUUAUAUCUUGUGAGCCAAGCUGUCGCCCUAGUGAUAUAAAUGAGACUGAUGCUGCAUUGCAGAGAUAUCAGAUGGUUGUUAACAAUGUGACAGAUUAUAUCAGUGCUAAUGUCCCUGGUGCUAUGGUUCCAUUCGAUGCUGUUAAGAAUCAGAUCACUGUUGCUGACCAGAUUUACAAUAAUGUCUCAACCAUAUUGAACUGUAAUCCUUCGCAAGGAAUCAAAGAAUAUUACAAUAGCAUUCUUGACAGUAUGUGUGAUCAAGGACAACUCUUUAUUGUCAUAACUUUCUCCGUGUUAAGCGGAUUAGCUUUGUCUUUGUUUAUUCUGAUAUGCUGUCUGACAGCUUUUGACGGACUAAUAAUCAACACAAGUUCCGUGGAGGACUUUGAUCAAGAUGACAUUGUUGCUUAUGAUAGUGAAAGAGCUAAUUCGUGGGCGGCAUCUCCACGAAGAUACAGUUACAAUGAACCUUACUCCUCCAAUGGAAGGAAUAGGUCUGAUUCUAAUAAUAGUAACGAAAGGCGUGAGAUGAUUCAAAUGAACGAAGCUACCAAUUCUCUACCUGGUUACUCUGAUAUUGGCGGGAGACCUGUAUCAGGCGAGUAUGAUCAUUUCGACGUUUAAGAGUGUUUCAUUCUUUUUUCGAGUGAAAAUAAUAAUAUUAAUGACAAUAAAAAACACACAAGUAUAUAAAUUUUAAACGAAAAUUAAUAUUAGUUAAUAA